AUGCGCCACAUGAUCCUCUACAUGACGAUCAAUCCUGCUGACGACCAAAUAUUGUCUAACCAACCAAAGAGACAAAGAUGCACAGAAUCUGAGGUUGGUUUUAUAAGAGGCACCCUACGCCCUGACACAAAUUACAAAUCAAUGUUGGGUUGGUCCACUAGGGACAAGAGGGCCUUCAGGACAGAGACACUAGCAGGAAGUAUCAGUUACAGCAUAGAGACUACACUGGACACCCGAGAAACCCAGGCUGCAAAAAUCCCGACACGCUACCCAAAGACAUGA